AUGUCAAGCAGCCCUUCCAACGUGUCGUCUCCAGCCUCUUCUGCUUUCACAGCAGGCGAUUUGAAUCUGCAUCCGGUUCCUCGCAUUGGCCUUUCUGCUCCUGCAAGCCUACAAUCUAUCCAAUGCGACGAGGCCGAUGAAGACGUUCCUCCUUUGGACAUCGUUGGGCCGUUUGCCGGCGAUCUCAACGCACAGGCCAUUUCUCAGAGUGAUCAGGACCUCCUCAAUCUGUGGAACGACAAGCUUGACUCUGAGUCUCUUGAGUACUGCAGUCGAUGCAAGGAGUCCUGGUUCAACAUGGUCCUUGUAAAUGAUGUCUGUUCUGCCUGCCGUCGUCGUGACGCCGAUGGGAAAAGGCAGCCUCACGAACCUUUCCUCUUCUCCGAAGAAAAUAACCUGGAUCUCGGCAGCGUUCCCAACGAGCUCCCAGAGCUAUCCCAAGUCGAGGAGAUGCUCAUUGCGCGGGUGCAUGUCCACAUCCAGGUUUUCCAGUACCGUGGCCAGCAGUAUAAGUAUCGUGGUCAUGUCAUUAACUUCUUACGGGAUAUUGGCCACGUCUAUACGCAGCUUCCUCUUCUGCCGCGCGAAUUGGACAUCAUCAUAAUACGCCCAGGGGAUUCAACGAACCAGCCACACGUCGUCCGGCAGUUUCGACGUCAAUUCCGUGUUAGGCAAGGUCACAUUCGCGUCUGGCUUGAGCACCUUCAACUCAACCACCCUGGCUAUCGGGAUAUCUUCAUUGACGCUGAGCGCCUAAGUCGGCUACCGAACGACGGUGAUGUGGUUGAUCAAAUGCUUACCGAGGAAGUCGAUGUGCCCGAGGGCGUGCUAGCAGAGCAAUAUCCUAUAGAGCACCCUGACCCUGAGGCCGUUGAGAAUGCUGAUGCAGCUGGCAUCGACGACUACGAUGCAGCAGCAGUCCCAAACUUCAUUGCAGCGCAGGCUGACCUUGAGCGUCUCCGGGCUCAGCUUGAGGAUCACGAACCCGUACCGCCCGAGCAGAUCCCUCUGCGCCAGGCCCACAUCGAGAUGCCUAAUAUCCGGUCUACACCUCUCAAUGAGUUCAAUCGUUCCCAGCCUCUGCUGUCUCUCGCCUUUCCUACCCUCUACCCUACUGGGCAGGCAGACUUCGUGGCGCCUCGUCAGAGGACAAUUCGCCUCCAGAGACACAUGCCGUCAUAUGUUGAAUGGCGUGAGGCUGAUGGCCGUGGUAAGGGUGCUAUUGCGUUCCGGAAUCUCCUUGAAAACCCUCAUAUCGCAGCAUAUCACUUUCACAGCCGUUUUACUAGCUUCCUUAAGAUAUACUGCUCUAAAGCUGAGAAGCAGACGGAGAGCUACCGCGACGUCGCCAGGGCCAUCUUGCCUAGAGUCAAUGCACGACAGGGUCUCGUCAGCUUCGUCGCCAAGUUCAUGAACAAGCUUACGGCUGAGCGUGACUGGUCUGCUAUGGAGAUUAGCCACCUGCUGCUCAGCCUACCACUCCAGCAAAGCACGAGGACUUUGACCUACUUUGAGCUUCUCACCAAAGUCGACUUUACACGCCCGGCAGCAUGGCACUACUACAGCCGAGCCCCUGACCGUGUGUUGAGCUAUUUCCCUCGGUAUAAGGCCCUCCGCGGUAACGAGCAGUACGAGGACUUUUGUCGUGUCAAGUUGACCCUCCACCAUCCUCAUCGCGACCCUCAGGAACUCAAAGAGGUAGAUGGCACCCUUUUCGACACCUUCUCUGGGGCAUACGACCAUUGCUCUGCUGUCCACGACGUUCAUCCAGACGACUACUAUGGGGACCUCCCUCCUCCAGUCGAAGAGGAAUUCCAGGAAGAACCGCGUAACGAGGAAGAUGUUGCGGCUGAGGAUUGGGAAGAGCUUGCUGCAGUGCUUCCAAAUCGUGGUCCAGAUGAAGAUGACAUUGAGUUACUGGGGAAUCGCGAUUUUGACCUUGCUCACGAUUGGCAGCCCUACAUUGGCAAGUAUCCUGGUUUAGCCAUUCUAGGGCAUGACUAUUGGAAGGAGCUUAAAGCUUUACACCCCCUAGGCAACAACCAGGAUGAUGUCCCUGAUGGCCUCUUUGAUCAGCUUAACGUCGAGCAGCGCACUGUGUUUGACCUAUUUACUCGACAUCUUGAGAAGGCUCUCGACCCUCAACAGCCAAACCCGGCACCGCUCCUUGUGCAGGUAGACGGAGAAGGCGGCACAGGCCCUACAGACAUUGCCAACCUACAGUCAAAGCUACGCAACCUCUGCUACCUCAUUAUCGACGAGAAGUCAAUGAUUGGCUUGCGUACUUUUGGCUACAUUGAUAGCCGCCUCCGACAAAUAUUUCCCGAAUAUCAAGACACCUUUUUCGGCGGCCACUGGGAGCUGCUCUGCACCCGCGUCCAGGCCAAUCUGACCUUAGCCGAGGUUACGUGCUUUGACGGGGCAGUACGCAUCUACACAACGAAUGCCCAGGUUCGGGCAACAAAUUUACCCAUUUGCAUUGGGGCAAGAGUUAUGUUGACUGAGAACGUCUGGACUGAUGUUAGCCUUGUUAAUGGAUCCUCAAGCUCAUCACCCUUUGUCAUUAUGGUCCGCUUCGAUCGCUAUACCGGCCCCCUUAUUUCGACGACCCUGAGCUAG